AUGUGAUGUCAAUACUAAGGAGACCAAAAAAAAACUAGGAGACAGUCUAAUACACUUGUAUUGGGAAAGAAUCAAAUUUCAAAAUUGAUUUCUUCAUAAACUUUUUUUCUUCUUCUUUCUUUUACUCCUUUCAUUGAUAAAAGUCCUGCACCUCUCUAGGCCUCUCUAAAAUAAUGAUGAAUAGAGUCAGAUAUUUUUUCUACUAAAUAAUUUUUAUUCAUAUGGUUCCUCAUAAUUUAUUUAUUUAUUUAGAACCUACCUUAUUUCUUUGAUGGUUAUUCUCAUCUGAGACUCUUAUUCUCUCUUAUUUCUCUCCCAAGUUUCUUAGUUUUUCAUCUUUAGUCUUUACUAUAACAAAUAAUGUGGAACCUUAACGACUCACCCGAUCAUCACGAAGAAUCCGACAGUAGAGGGAAUCCGGUCGGACACGUGUCAUACGGGACGAGUCAAUCUGUCACGUGGCUACCGUCUGUGCUUCCGGUGACCCGGAAUUUCUUUCCGGCUCGAAGCAUGGAACCGGGAUUUCGUUGCUCCGGUUUCAAUAGUGUCGGUAAGUCGGAUCCGAGCGGGUCGGGUCGACCAGAAGAGGCAGAGCCGGAGAUAUCACCGCCGAUAAAGAAGAGCCGACGUGGACCUCGCUCACGUAGCUCUCAGUAUCGAGGAGUUACGUUUUACCGACGAACCGGAAGAUGGGAGUCACAUAUUUGGGACUGUGGGAAGCAAGUGUACUUAGGUGGAUUUGACACAGCACAUGCUGCUGCUCGAGCCUAUGAUCGAGCGGCGAUUAAAUUCAGAGGUGUAGAUGCAGAUAUUAAUUUCGACAUUGAAGACUACGUGGACGACUUGAAACAGAUGGGCAAUUUGACCAAGGAAGAGUUUAUGCAUGUUCUUAGAAGGCAAAGCACUGGGUUUCCAAGAGGCAGUUCUAAAUACAGAGGUGUUACUUUGCACAAAUGUGGAAGAUGGGAGUCUCGUUUGGGUCAAUUUCUCAACAAAAAGUACGUUUAUUUGGGUCUCUUUGAUACCGAGAUUGAAGCUGCUAGAGCUUAUGAUAAAGCGGCAAUAAAGUGUAAUGGAAAAGACGCUGUUACCAAUUUUGACCCUAAAGUAUACGAGGAAGAGCUUAGCCCAGAGACGACGAGGAAUGGUCAUAAUCUUGAUCUAAGUCUAGGAGAAUCAAAUUCCGAAGAGUUUGGACUCAAGUCUGAUAUUGCGAGCAUAAGAAAUAGGAUUAGAGAUGAGGAGAGAUUAUUAGGGAGAGAUCUAUCGCUAGCAAUGAUGACGACGACUGUCAGAUCGGAAAAACAAACAGACGGUGGAGGAAAUCGAGUGGGAAUGGCAGCAUCAUCAGGAUUCUCUCCUCAACCUUCCCCUUACCGUAUUCCUCACACCUUCCACUUCUCUCGUCCCUGAUUCUUUAUCAUCAUCAUCACCAUCAUCAUCUGAGCUAGUGUUAAUCAAGCUAUGCUUUAAAGAAUUUGAGUUAUUUCUCGAGCUACUUUUGGGCUCUGUAAUACAUAUAUGUUCUCGAGUAGUAUAUAAGAGGUUUUUCUUUCUGUUAA